CCCCCGGCAGGGAACAAAUCCCGAACCCAAAGCUCGAAAACUCCGCUUCCUUUCGCUCCACCCUUCUUCUAUCCUUUCCCUUUCGGCGACGAUCGCAGCAAAACAGAAUCCCUUCUCUUCCCGGCUCAAGCUUUCCAAAGCGAAGCAUCCUUCUUCUUCUUCUUUUCCCGCCAUGUCUCCAUACCUUCUCUCCUUCACCUCCGAAUCUCCUCGCACGAAGCCCACCCACCCCAUCUCUUCCUUUUCUUCUACUUAUAUGCCCCGCAUCUCCACUUCGUCUCACAUUUCAUUCUCUUCUGCCGAAAGGAAACAAAAUGGCUUCCGAAGAGGGCGCAGCCGUCGAUGCGCGGCAACAGCAGCAAUCUGUCGAAUGGUUCAAGUACUCCAAGAGGGUGGUCUUGAGGUCGAUCGUGUGUCGGGAAGACAAGGGGCUGGGAUUGGCUGGAGAGAGAGCUGUGGUGGGGGGAUGGGUCAGAUCGCGAAAAGAGAAGGCGGGGAAGGGUGUUGCCAGAGGGCCGAGACAAGGUGCGGCGCCGGCGCCGGCGCAGGACGUGACAUGCGGCGAAGUCGCGGUGUUUCGAGUGCCAAUCCUCAGAUCAAUUGCGAGGAUUUUGAUGAUAAAAGAUGAACCUGUUGUUCAGAGGCCUGUUGCAGCGCCAGCCAAAAGGGAGCCGGUUGUUGCUUACUUGCGGAUAAAUGAUGGGUCUUGCAUUGCUGACCUUCAGAUAGUAGUGCACUCCUCCAUGUCUCUUCCUGGCCAAGAUAUCUCUAUUGGAACUUCUGUCUUGGUAGAAGGUGUGUUAGAGAAGAUACCAUCGCCAGGCAGGCACGUUGUACAACUUAAAGUAGAGAAGAUUCUACAUGUUGGGAUUGUUGAUCUCAAGAAAUAUCCACUCGCAGAGACAAAGUUUUCUUUCGAGUUUCUCAGAGCUUAUCCCCAUCUUCGUCCUCGUACAAGUAUUGUUGCAUCUGUCACUCGCAUCCGGAAUAUCCUAUCUUAUGCUACUCAUAAGUUCUUCCAGAACAAUGGAUUCUUAUUUGUUCACAUGCCCAUUAUCACAACUACAGAUUCGAGAGUUUGUAGCAAGAUGUUCCAUGUUACAACUCUUUUCAGCAAAUCAGAUGAUAUGGAAAAGUUAAUGACAACAGAUGAUCAUGAACGCGUCGACCUUGAAGUAGUCAAGGCUGCAAUAAAGGAUAAAAGCAAGAGAAUUGAAGAGCUGAAAAGAAGUGACAGCAAUAGAGAAGCUCUACUUGAUGCGCAGCGAGAUCUUCAGAAGGCUAAUGAGCUAGCUCUACAGCUGGACAAGAGACAAAAAUCAACCUCAUUAAAAAUUAAAGAAGUUAAUUUCUCGAAUGAUUUCUUUUCUCGUCCAGCAUAUCUCUCUUUUUCGACAGGACUUCACCUUGAAAGCUAUGCAUGUGCACUCAGUAGUGUUUACACAUUUGGACCAAUAUUUCAAGCAGAUGAUUCUCAGUCGCCAAGGAACUUGGCAGAAAUGUGGAUGGUUGAGGUUGAACUGGCUUUUGCGGAAUUAGAGGAUGCAAUUAACUGUGUGGAGGACUACUUGAAGUUUCUUUGUCGCUCAAUAUUGGAAAGUUGUUCCACUGACAUCAAAUUUAUGUCAAAAUAUAUGAACAAGGACUGCAUUGGUUGCCUUAAAUCAAUAGGAUCAAGUUCUUUUGCUCGAAUAACUUAUGCAGAAGCAUUGGAGAUUCUAAAGGAGGUAAAGGAUCAUACAUUUGAAACUAAAGUAGAACAGGAUCUAUCGGAGGAGCAUGAGAGUUAUUUGGCGGAUAAGAUAUACAAAAGGCCGGUAAUUAUAUAUGAGCAUCCAAAAGAAGUCAAGCCAUUUUAUAUGCAUGUCAGAGAUGAUGGGAAAACAGUUUCUUCUUUUGAUAUCAUUGCGCCAAAGGCUGGAGUUUUGGUUAGAGGAAGCCAAAGGGAGGAGCGCAUUGAUAUGAUCACUAAGAGGAUCCAGGAGCUUGGCCUACCUCAAGAACAGUAUGAUUGGUAUCUGGAUCUUCGAAGACAUGGUACUGUAAAGCACUCAGGUUUCAGCCUUGUGUUUGAGAAAAUGGUUAUGUUUGCCACUGGCCUUGAUGACAUUAGAGACACAAUAGCAUUCCCCAGAACCCAUGGCUCUGCAAAUACAUAAACUACUUGCUUACCUGAUGAUGAGAGAAAGCACUGUACAUUCAUGAAUCAUGUAUUAUUCUCAAAAAAAUUGCUGCCAUUGUAUUGGUCUCUUGUGAUGGAGACCACCACACAUUCCAUAUUGCUACAUGUAAUUUCUUCUAUACAAAAUGCAGAAGCUUGGAUAUAAAGUAUUUGUUUCUAAAUACAUACAAGUGAGUUUUUAGAAGUCUCCCA